GUAGUAUAGGCUUUACCUGGCGUCUACUGAUCGAUCUCGUGGAUGCUCCUCCGCUUGCAUCAGAAAACGCGUUCUGGAACGGCGCACGUAGCAAAGAUCUAGAUCGGUGUUAUGGCCCCGUGAGUUCGCAGUCAGGUUAUAACUCUCAUACGCUGCAGAGAGAAGAAUGGUUCGGAAAAUGUAGUUUGUACGCUUGGACACGCGAGUCACAAAGGUGGAUUGAGUGGGAGGGACGAGCUCACUCACCAUGGCCACAGCAUCGAGACGGCAGCAUGUGGCGCACGCCAUGCAAGGGGAAGACUUGGUAGAGGCAGCCUCAGCCCUGGCCAACCCUGCACGCAGAGCACAGCUGCAGGAGUCCCCCUCCACAAUCCACCGCAACCUUGAGAAUGUCACAGGCAUCAUUGGGGCUCAUGACCUUGUCCACUGGCGCACAACCCUGACGGUGAGGUCAGUGGUGCUGGCGGUGAUAUUUGGCAGCGUCUUCUCCAUCAUAGUGCACAAGCUCAACCUGACGGCCGGGGUCAUCCCCUCCAUGGGCAUGGCCAUCGCGCUCAUCAACUUCUUCACAGUGCAGUCCUGGAACGCGCUGCUCAAGCGCUUCAACAUCAAGACCCUCCCCUUCACGCCCCAGGAGAAUGCUGUCAUGCAGACCUGUGUGGGUGCCACAGCGGGCCUGGCGUUCACCGGGGGUUUCGGCUCCUACCUGAUCGCCAUGGACCAACAGAGCUACCUCAACCUCGGCUCCACAGUGGGCAACUAUGCCUCGGAUGUGUAUAAUCCGGAGCUGUGGCGGACGAUCCCGUACCUGCUGUGCAUAUCGCUCAUCGGCAUCUUCAUCCUGCUGCAGCUGCGCAAGCGCUUCAUCGUGGAUUAUGGGCUGCCCUACCCCUCCGGCACCGCCUCGGGUGUCCUCAUCAACUCCCUGCACAAGAUCGGCGACAAGACUGCCGGGCGCCAGAUGAAGACGCUGGGGACGUGGGGCUUUUCUUCUUUCGGCUUCUCCUUCUUCAAGUGGUUCUUCAGCGCCAAGGGGGAGAAGUGCAGCGGAUUUGAGGGCUUCCCCACCUUCGGCCUCACAGCCCUCAAGUGGACCUGGAGCUAUGACUUCUCCUUGACCUACAUUGGAGUGGGCAUGAUCUGCCCACACAUCGUGAAUGUGUCCAUGAUGCUGGGGGCCAUCCUGUCCUGGGGUGCACUCUGGCCCCUCCUGGCCACCAAGGCCGGCGACUGGUUCCCUGCCGGACUCAGUGAGCAUGACUUCAAGGGGCUCUUUGGCUACAAGGUGUUUGUGGCCAUGGCGGUGUUUCUGGGCGACGGCCUCUACAACUUCACCAAGAUCGCGGUGGUGUCGCUGAUCGCCAUCAACAAGACGGUGCGCGCCAAAAAGGAGCAGCUGCCCGUCAGCCUCCCGGCCCCACACCCAAAGACGCCAUCUGAGGCGGGAGGCAGCGCCGGUGACGAAGGAUCGCCGCUGUCGGACACCGAGGCCGCCAAGCUGACGGAGCUGCGCAACCGCGUAUUCCUAUCGGACCCUGUGCCCUGGUGGAUUGGAGGGGUGGGCUAUGUGCUGUUUGGGGUCCUUGGGGCGGUAGUGAUUCCCCUGCUGUACCCGGCCGUCAAGUGGUACAUGGUUGCCGUGGCAUUCUUUAGCGCCCCUGUCUUCUCGGUGUGCAACGCAUAUGGUGCUGGGCUGACGGACUGGGACAUGGCCUCGCUGUAUGGCAAGCUGUGCAUCUUUGCCUUUGCUGCCUGGGCAGGCCACAGCGGCGGCGUGACUGCCGGGCUGGCCAUCUGCGGAGUCAUGCUCUCUGUCACCUCAGCUGCCUGCUCGCUGAUGGGGGACUUCAAGACGGCGUGGAUGACGCUGUGCAGCCCGCGCUCCAUGUUCAUAGCGCAGGUGGUGGGCUCCUUCCUGGGCUGCAUCAUCGCGCCCCUGACAUUCCUGCUCUUCUACAAGGCCUUUGACAUCGGCGUGCCCGGCUCCGCCUACCCGGCCCCCUACGCCACCAUCUACCGCGCCAUGGCCGUCCUCGGUGUAGAGGGCGUGGCGGCGUUGCCGCAGCACUGCAUGUCGCUGUGCGCGGGCUUCUUUGCUGCUGCGAUCGCCAUCAGCGCUCUCCGUGACGUGCUGCCGGAACGUUAUGCGCGUUUCGUGCCCAUACCCAUGGCCGCAGCCAUCCCCUUCUACAUCGGCGCCAACCUGGCGGUGGACAUGUGCAUCGGGUCGGUGGUGAAGCUGGUGUGGGAGCGGCGGAGGCCGACGGAGGCCGACUCGUUCGUGCCGGUGGCGGCUGCGGGCUUGAUCGCCGGGGACGGCCUCUGGUCGGUGCCUGCCGCCAUCCUGGCCAUGGCCAAGCUCAAGCCGCCCAUCUGCAUGUCCUUCUCCCCCGGCUCAUAAUUGCUAUAGGAGGAGCGAUGAUUCUUCACUGCUUCCUUGAUAGGGACAUAGAACUUGGACCUCUCUGACCGUCCAAAGGGUGCGACCGCGCGCCCUGUGACAGCUGCUCUCUUGAUAGGGGCAGAACAUUUGGGCCUCUCUGACAGCAGGAAGGUGCACCAUUCUUGGACGCUUGCUCCCUUGAGGGGGCCACAACACUUGGAGCCCUCUGACGGGAGAAAGGGUGCGGCCACGUGCCUGUGCUAACUGCUCUCUUGAUAGGGGCGCAGCACUUGGACCUUCAAUACAGAUACAGAAAGGGUGUGC